AUGGAAGCUGCUUUAUUACCAGAAGCUGGCGCCACCGAGGAUGAAGAGGCAGUGGUGUUACUCAGACUCCUUGAGCAGCAAGAAGAAGAAGAAGAAGAAAAGGGUGCAAUGUUCGAACAAGUUUUGCGAUAUUAUAGCAAUGGUUUGAAACAAGCGGGGGUGGGGUGUGUGGAAACAGAUGGCUGUCGUUGGAAAUCGAGUACUCAGGCUGUACUGCUCGAUCGACAGAAAUUUGCCCAUUUGAAUUAUUUUGGACAAAGCGUCUUUUUUCCCUUUUUUUUUCACGGGGGUGAAGAAUGGUCAACUCAAAAAUACCCUAUUGUCGCCUGUGUGACGCAUGUGCAAAAGCAUCUUUAUGCUUCUGAAAGCUUCUAUGUCAAUCUUGUGGUUCUCCAUCUGUCACUCAUGGGAAAUGCCCCCCUCCCUAGCAACAAUCAAAACACACAUGCAAAUGCAUAG